CGAACACAACAAACCGUGAGCCUCGUGUUUCGAAGCCGAAAAUACCACCGUUUUUGAGUGUACUGGGCUUGUGCGAGGUCUGCAACCAUGCCUAGGAGAAAUAUAAGAAUUGUUGUUGAUCUAAAUAUCCAUGCCGUCACUGCCCCUGGAGUGUGGUUAUCCAGCAGAGAAGAUGUCUACCUCGGAGUGUCGAUGUUCGGCCAGUAUCGCCGCACCAAACUGCUCAGGGCGAUGUUUCCACUCUUCAUCCAUGAAAAGCUCAGAUUUGAAAAGACAUUCUACACAGCACUGUCACCCUCAGAGAUUGUUAACUUACUAGAAGAUGAACCUGUUGUAUUUGAGCUGGUACAGCUGUCAGAGUUCUCAGUGGGAGGUAUCCGAUUGGCCAGUUUUGCCACCGACACUCAGGAUUUCCUCUACCCCUACCCAACUCUUGCCCCAUCGUAUGCUCCCGCUGAGAGGGAGAUCUUAUUGAAUAGGACUGUCAACUUUCCUGUAAGUUGGGGCAUCUCACCAAAAGUUGAGUUCUCCAGCAAAGCUACUAUCAGGGAAUCCGUCAGUAGUGAAUUUGAUGCUUUAGAAGAUGCCAUUGAGGAACAAAAGGCCGCCUUAAAAGCGCUCCGCAGAGAAGUGAGUCAUUCAGAGGCUUUGACACCGCGAAGGAGCAGGUCAAGGUCGAGGAAGCGAUACAAUACAUACGAUAAACACACAGUGUCGUCUGCUGUGCGCUCCAGGUCCCCUUCCCCGUCUUUCAUCAGACGGUUUGAGGACUGUUGUCUGGAAUCCGAUAGAGAUAUUAAACCUCCAUUUGUGGUCAAAAAGCUGGACGACUCACUGAUUGGACGAAAACCUGGCUCUCCAGCUACGAAAUCCUUUCUGCGUGGCUCAAAAUCUACUCGCAGGCGCAGUAGGUCUGUGCCACGGAGCCGCAGUAUCUGUGUUGCCAGUCACAGUGACAGCGGCAUAUGUGGAGUGUGUCACAGACCGUAUAGGGCAAGCAGCUGUAGAGUCUGCCGGACAUACAGAAAGCACACUGGGAAGAGGUACUGGGGGCACACUCCACCAUAUAACGAGCUUGCCCACUGCCCAGUUAGUCCCAAUAAGGUUGUGCAUGAACCCUACAGCUCAGUGUCCCGUCCAGUCUACAGCAGUCGUCUGGUCACUGAUGAUUCUGAGGAUGAGGAAGUGGCUGAACUGCUGUCUAGCGCACCAUCUUACCCUAUCCGACCUAGACCAAGGUCCGUUAGUCCAGUCCUUUACAGACGCAGUUUCCGCGACAGGUACUCUGACUCUGCCUUCUCACCGCGACUCUCUGAGAGAAUCGCUGACCGUGUUGACAGCGCCCUGAGACGGAGUAACUCUCUGGUUAAACUCAGUAGAGAAAUGUCUAGAAGCACUAGCCCGAUAAGUUCCCGAUACUACAAUUCAUACACUAAUGGCUAUGACUCGCUGGAUGAGCUGGAAACUGACUUCACGCUAGCGAAGAACCGGAGCUUAGUUCACCUGGACAACGGCCAUUACUGGACACAGAAGGCUGCUGAGUAUCGCGGAAUUUCUCAUGAAGACUUAUUCCAGGAGAACCUGAGAAAAAUCUACUCCAAGCUUUACACAGGAACAACCAGUAGUGAAGUUUAGCUCACUAUAGCUCUUAGGGAAAUUUUAAACUUGUGUAAUCUUACGCAUCAUGACCAACAGAAAUGUUUCAUUUUUUCUGGAUAGGAAUAUGCAUAUAUACAUAUAUAUUACAUACAUUUUGGAGUUUGAUUAGGCUAUUAAAAUGUUCUGUCAUUCAGUAUGAUAGAAGUCUUUGUAGAAUUUCAGUUCCAGUGAAAUUAGUAUUGAUCUUUUGUUUAUUUUUAACCAAGAAUUUUUUAUUGACCAAGGACAGCUAACAGUUAGUGAAUUUGUCCAAUGG